AACAGCUACACUCAUCGUCACAAACCUCCCUGAAUCAGUCAAGCGUAUCUACACCUAUACUCGUACAUCCAUGAAAAAGCCCAACUCACCAGAGGCUAAGCCUCAACCGCAUGCACUUGAUCCCGCUGAGAAACGCCGCCUGCAGAAUCGUCGGGCUCAGCACAAUUACCGCCGUCGUGAAGCAGCCAAAGCGAAGCAAGACAAGCGCAUCACCAAAGCAGUCUCAGCUCGGCGUGGCAAGUUCCUAUUACUAAAGCCAACUAAAGAGUCUUUUCCUGUAACCAAAGAGCGCCAAACACCACCUCUUCCAUGUGGCGCGUAUUUUGUAUCUGCGCGGAACCUUCUCCUCUCAGCCGAUCACCGACUUCUUACUCUUGUCCACAAUAACAUUAUACGCGGAUUAGCUGCAAAUGCCAGCCUCCUCAACUAUCCGUGGAGUACCGUUUGCCAGGACGACGCCCUCUCCAACUUCUCUCCGCCCCCACCUAACCUGGAUCUAUCAAUAACACAACCAUCUCUACCAGUCAACCUUCAUCCCACACCAUUACAAUAUGAAGAGACACACCACCCAUGGCUAGAUCUUAUCCCUUCCCCACAGUUCCGUGAUAACCUCCUCCGAAGGUUAGCAACUGCUUCACCGAAGUGGGAUUUUGAAACUGAGCUCUGCGAAGAUGUUACCGGAGUCGGACGCCUACAAUUAAGUUGCAGCAGACCCGGCUUCAUGAUAUGGGGCGAAAACUCGUGGGACGCACACAACUGGGAAAUCACAGAGGAAUUUGCCCAGAAAUGGCAUGAUCUCAUUGAUGGAUGCUGCGAUCUCAUCACAUCUACAAACGAAUGGCGCAAGAAACGUGGAGAAGCGCCGCUUCAACAUUCUAUAAUACCCACUCCAACAAAAACCUUUCUACUACCUGAGUAGUCUUCUACAAGAUAUCGGGAACCUUUAACAGUUCACAAGUCUCCUUCCAAAGAUUCUCCUCCGCCACCUCAUCAAACGCAAAAGCCGCAUACCCACCAUCCAUCAUGCCA